CAUCAAUAGACUCGAGAGGUUUAUCGCGUCUCGCCAUCAUAAACACUCGACAUCUUUCAGUAUCGACUGUGAAUGUUUACUGCGCCUUCUGGUUAAGAGACUGGAGUUUUCUUUCAUUGCCAGCGCCUUCCCUUUCAUCGCCUCUUAGUGCAUCCUUCAGCGGGUCAGGUAUCAGGACACUAAAAGAUCAGCUUAGAGCAAGAGCGGAGACUCGACACUUCUCUCCUCGCGCAGCAGAGAUGGACGUGAGUGUCUGGUCUGUAAACUAUGGAGUCAAGAAGGUAAACAAAGCCGUGUCGUCUAGCGUGGGCGGCGCGAGGAAUGCCUUGUCUGGGGUGGACGUGGCUGCCUACCUCGCGGGCGGGCGCACCAGGGACCGGGAACACGACCCUUACGCCGAACACGCCUUCAAUGCUCGUGUGGCGAAUUCCCUGCAGCCUGACCGACCUAUUCCUGACACGCGGCAUCCCCGGUGUCGCGGUCUGGACUACGAGGAGGAGGAGCUCAACACACUCUCCGUGGUGGUGACCUUCCACAACGAGGCGCGAUCUACCCUCCUCAGAACCCUCGUCAGCAUCCUGAACCGCACUCCGCAAGACCUCCUCGAGGAUAUCGUGGUGGUAGACGACGCCAGUGACGACCCCUCCGAUGGACUGCUGCUGGCGGGACUCCCCAAGGUGCGCCUCGUCAGAAAUGAGCAAAGGCAAGGACUGGCGCGGUCGAGAGUGAGGGGAGCUGAUUCUUCGCGUGGGGAGGCAAUAUUCUUCCUGGAUUCUCACUGCGAGGUCAACCAGGGAUGGGCCGCGCCUCUCCUAGACACUUUACGCCAGAAUCCUCGGAGUCUCGUGUGUCCAGUGAUUGACGUGAUAGACCAGGACACUUUCGACUACCGCGCUUCAGGCUCAGUGCUCAAGGGAGGAUUUGAUUGGGGUCUUCACUUCCGCUGGGUGCCACUGACGGAGGAGGAGGCAGCUGCGAGAACCGACCCUACCUCCGUGUACAGGUCACCAGUGGUCGCCGGGGGCCUGUUCCUCAUCUCGCGGGAGUGGUGGGAGGACCUGGGGAAGUACGAUCCGGGCCUGGAGAUAUGGGGGGCAGAAAAUUUAGAGAUGUCCCUGAAGGCGUGGCAGUGCGGUGGCUCGGUGGAGGUGGCGCCCUGCAGCAGAGUCGGCCACGUGUUCCGCCGCCGCCACCCUUACACCUUCCCCGACGGGAAUGCCAACACCUACCUCAGAAACUCAAGGCGCGUGGCGGAGGUGUGGCUGGACGAGUUUUCUCACUUCUUUUACGAGACGAGACCCAGCGCCGUACAGCAGAACUACGGAGACGUGAGCGGCAGGAAGGCAUUACGGGAGCGGCUCGGGUGUCAGGGCUUCAGUUGGUACCUCAAAAACGUCUACCCGGACCUGGGCGCGCCUUCCAAACACGACUUAGCGUAUGGGCAACUCCAGCAGGGUAACUUGUGUCUACAGGGCGCUGAACCUCCAAAAGCAUACAAGAAGGCGCAGAAGAGACCACACCAGGGAGACAAGCAGGCAGGGCACAGCGGGGGCGAGGCAACGGCGGCGGCAGCGGCGACGGUGACGGUGCAGGAGUGUACGUCGAGCGAGGGGGCGGGACAGCGGUGGGGACUUACGCAGGAGGGCUCAGUCACUCAAGGGGAACGAUGCCUCACUGUUCUCACCUCCGACAAACGAGUGUUGCUCUACCCUUGCGCGGCUGGACCCAGGCAGAGGUGGCAGCGUCAGGGUCGGCGGCUGCAGCACAUCGCCUCUGGUCUUUGCCUUGACUCCACCAACGCCCCGGACGCCCAAGCCCUGCCGUGCCGCGAUGCCCUCUAUUCACAACAGUGGGACUUCUCCGUGGAGCUUCAGGCACUUCCCACCCUCUAGAGCCGCCUUCCAACUCCUCACACUGCCAAACAAGCUCUUCCCGCAACCACUUCCAACUUUUAACACGUUUUCCAUGCCUGUCAAGCUCUCACACUGCCCAACAAGCUCUUCCCGUAACUACUUUCAACUUUUCACAUGUUUUCUGUCUGUCAAGCUCUCACACUGCCCAACAAGCUCUUCCCGUAACCACUUCCAAAUUUUAACACGUUUUCUAUGCCUUCCAACCUCUCACACUGCCAAACAAGCUCUUCCCGUAACCAAUUUCAACUUUUUCACACGUUUUCUAUGCCUUCCAACCCCUCACACUGUCAAACCAGCGCCUUUCAUAGCCACUUUCAACUUUUCACCCACACGGUUUUCUAUGUCGCAGUUUCUCAAGUCGUUUUGUAGUCCGGGAAGGAGACAAUUAAUCUACUGUUUUGUUUUUCUCUGGGUGUCCGAGCAAAUGGUUCCUUACUGUUUUAACUUUGGAUGUUAGCAAAAAAGAUGACCAGGUUAAAUAGUGAAGGGGUUUUAAAUUGUCAUUUUCCUGUAUAUGUAGUCACUCGGCACCUUACAUUUACUUACAUUCCAUCUCCAUCCCUUAAUUCUCUUAUUUUUACAAACACGACUAGUUUUCUUUUCUUUUUCUCUUCCUGCUCUUGACUAAUACUUUUUUGUCUAUUGUAUCUCUUUACGUCACCCUAGCAGCACCCUACAUUUCACAUCAUUCCAUCUCAUUAAUUGUCUUCAUUAUCUUACAAACGUGACUCAUUUUUCAUCUUAUUCUUCCUUAUUCUGAGUCUUGCUCCUUACUUUUUUUCAUCGCAGUUGCUCAUUACACACAUUUGAUCCCCUCUAUUCACUUUCUGUCUACUCUUCAUUCUAUAAAUGUGACUUUUAUAACCUAUUCCUCUUCCUCUCGGUUCCUGCUAUUCUCUGACCUCUGUUUUAUUUUCUAUUAUUUAAUUUAUACUCUACUCUUAUCUAUUCUGCUUCUCAUUUUACAGCACGUUACUUUUUUCAGUCUUGUCAUAUGUUUCUUUUUUAUCUUCCUCCUUCUUUUUGCCUUAUACUAUAAAACUCGUAUUUUCCACAUUUUUUUUUCGUAUUUUUCUAAGAUACACGUCAUUCAUAUUUAUUCUGCCUCUUCAUAUCAUAUCCUCAUCUUACCUUCUCCAUCACUCAUUCACGUCAUGCAACUUCUAUUCCUGUUCAUCUCUUCUCUCAUUGUCUCUCACUUUCCCAUCUUCUCAUAAUCAUCCUCGGUCUUUAUCACUUGUUCCAAUUCAUUAAUCAUUUUUAGUUUAUUCUCCCUUCAUCCAUAACCAUCUUGAAUCCAUCCUCGUCCUUUUAUACCACUCGUCCCAAUUCAUUAAUCAUUUUUAGUUUAUUUCACCUUCAUUCACAACCGUUUUGAAUUCAUCCUCGUUCCUUUUUAUCAUUCGUUCCAUCUCUUCGUUAAUUCCUAUACCGUUGUUCAUCCUGUCCAUCCUUCCUUUCCAUUACGUUGUCACUCUGUUCCACUAUUUGUAAACACUUGUCAUCUUUCGUUAUUUGGUUGUUGUACAGUGUCAUCGUGUCAUCAUUGGUCUCGUCGUCUUCCAAGUCAUUUUUUUCUAUCCCAUGUAUUCUGUGUUGAUAUUUUUGUUUCUGGAUCCAUGCAGCGCUAUAUGACCUCGUGUUGUGGCGCCUUAAUUCCUUCAAUACUGGGACGCAUUUUUAUCUUGUGUUUUUGGGUAUGAUUAAACGAUUUUUGCUUACAUUAGAAGGGUCUACGGCAGUCAGAAGAUUAAGCAGCAGAAUCUUCACCAUUUUAAUACCCACAUAAGGUUUUGAAGCUGUAGAAAAUCUCCAAAAAAUAAGGAAAUUAAUAUGAAAACGCGUCAUGGUACUGAAGGUGUUAAAACAAUCAGUCAGUCAGUCAGUCAGUCAGCCAGUCGGUUAGUCAUUCAGUCUUGGAUCCUGUAAGAGUAUUAGAGCGUAUUUCUCGUAAGACAACAAUAACAACACAAAUAAAUACAGUCUUCCAUUCCAUUUGUAUAGCGUUCGUUGUUGUAACUACUCAAAUCACUGUAUGUAGUUUAUAUGUAUUUUCCCCCACUGAUGUAUGAAGAGAUGUAAAGUUUUCGUGUUCUAACCAUUCAGUACGUAGGUCAGUCGGUGUUCCUUGUUAUAGCCUGUAGUAGUUACGCCCCUCGUCACUCAGUCACUUUGUACCUUCCGUGCCAUCUGUUGGACGUGUAGAGUCAUGUUCAGAAGUCAAUUAACCUGCUGUAUUUACUUUACUUUACUUAGGUCUGUAUUUUGAAACGCUUUGCUCUCUCACCAUCACUGCUUUCCAAAGGGUCUAGUUGAAGAUACUCGUGUUUUUAUCCUCUUCAGUACUGGGAAGCAUUUUUAUCUUGAGUUUUGGGUGUUUAGACGAUUUUAUUUACAUUAGGAGUGGUCUAUGGAGGUCAAAAAUUAAUGGCCACAGUCGUCACUAUUUAAAUCCCCCACGUAAGUUUCUGAAGCUGUGUAAAAUCACCAAAUAGUAAGCAGAAUAAAUAUGAAAACAUGUCCUGGUACUAAAGAGAUUAAGAGUAUUUAUAGGAUUCUGAUUUUUAGUGUAUUUAAAGAAGAAACUGUCUUGAAAACCCGGUUAGUCGUCUCUGUGGCCUUGAGAAAGCGUCGUGGUGAGAAAGUGAGCGGUUUCUAAGUACGAUUGUUAGUGUCUUUCCUCAGUUCCUCAGUCUUACGUCCUCUGAUCUACUUGAGCAAAAUAUUCAGACACUAUAACUUCAUAUGUUGAGUAGACGAAGUUACCGAGAAUUUUUAUAUGAAUUUAUCCUCUUUAUGUAGAAGAGACGCAGAUCAAGGACACUAAUAAAAAUGGAAGUGAAAAAAAAAAGUCCACUGAAAGAGCGUGUUUUCAAAGAUGCGAGUCCUCAAACAGAUCCAGAAUUACAUUGAAAAGUGACUUGAUUAUUCUACUGAUAUUUCAAUAAGUAUUCUGCACCACCAAUCAAAACAAGCACAUGGGAAGCUUACUAAUCAAUUAUCACCUCUGAAAAAAAAUAUGAGGAUAAACAAACAACGGAGAUACCAAUUUCUAAAGAGAACAGUCCGAAAGUAGUCUCAAAAUUACAGUGAGAAUACUUUUUAAUUAUUCUCGUCACAUUUCAACAAGAAUUCUGGAUCAUCAAUCAAAGAAACCACACAUGAAAAAUUGAAUCACCUUCAUGGGCUGUGAAAAUAGUCCUCAUUAGACCCACACGAUCGCCAAAGGAACCGUACCGAUGCAGAAAUUACCAAGACUCCACUUCAAGGUUAAGGGGAGACAUUCAGGCCAGCGGAAGAAAAUCUAGCUGGUUUACUGAGUUUUAUACAUGACUCUACCUUUCCCUCCUGUCAUCCUGUAGUCACUCACUGUCAUACUGUCAUCUGUAAGUAUCCGUCGCCUCAUUGUGUUACCUGCAGUCGUCGCCCUACAAUCGUCUGUCAUUCUGUUGUUAGUUGUUUUGCUAGUAAAGGUGAAGAAAUGUU